UGUCGAGAGGUUUCCCUGGUGCUAGCUAAACAGCAUCACGACCUUUGAAGUGACUAACCCCGGUUGAAUGAAUGAAGUCCGGACACAGGUUUUAGCAUGUCAAAAUUGUACAUGAGUGCCCUGUGCCGCAUUUUAACUAGGAGAGUGUACUGCAGCCCGUCGUCGUGUUUAUCCGUAACGGGACUUCGGAAUUUUUGCAGCGGAGUCUCGACCGCUGACGGAGCCGCCAGCCCUGUAAAUUUGACCUACGAUGUGUUUGAUGGCAAAGGAGACAGCACGCCAUUGGUAUUUCUACAUGGCUUACUUGGGAGCAAAUCUAACUUUCACUCCAUAGCCAAGUCUCUGGUUCAGCGGACUGGCAGGAAGGUACUGACAGUAGAUGCUCGCAAUCAUGGCAAAAGCCCACACAGUCCUGUCUUCACCUACAAAGCAAUGACUGACGAUCUGACGCAUCUGCUUGGACAGCUGCACAUUGGGAAGUGUGUCCUGAUUGGACACAGCAUGGGUGGCAAGGUUGCAAUGGCAACAGCUUUGUCACAGCCUAGUUUAGUUGACCGUUUGGUGGUUGUGGACAUUAGUCCCUCUCUGACUUCAGUCCAGACCAGUUUCUGUGCCUACAUUCAGGCAAUGAAAGAGGUGAAGAUACCCAGUAAUAUUCCACGUUCCACAGCACGAAGACUGGCUGAAGACCAGCUCAGGAAGAUAGUUAAGAAGCGUUCAGUGCGUCAGUUCCUCCUCGCUAACCUGGAGGAGCAAAACGGUCACUAUGGCUGGAUGGUUAACCUGGAAGCCAUCUCAAACCACCUAGAGGACAUCAUGGGUUUUCCUGUGUUUAAUACCACCUUUGAGGGUCCAACUCUUUUCUUGGGUGGCAGUAGUUCAGCCUAUAUAAGCUCGGAUGAUUACCCUGAAAUCCAGAGGCUUUUUCCUUCUGUCGAUAUCCAGUACAUCCCAGAUGCCAGUCACUGGAUUCAUGCUGACAAGCCUUUGGAUUUCAUCAGCUCCAUAAUAACCUUCUUAAACCCCUAGUUCUUGUCACAGGAGAGGAUACGUACAGAUUCUCUCUGGGGUUCAGGUCUGAUGAGUUUGCUUGGCCAGUCAAGCUCACCAACACAACUUUUGGUGCUUUUGGCAGUGUGGGCAGGUGCCAAAUCCUGUUGGAAAAUGAAAGCAGCAUCUUCAAAAUGCUGGUCAGCAGAAGGAAGCAUGAAGUGGUCCAAAAUUCGGGUGCAGUGACUCUGGUUUUCAAAAAACACAAUGGACCAACACCAGCAGAUGACAUUGCACCCCAAAUCAUCACAUACUGUGGAAACUUGACACUGGACUUCAAGGAACUUGGGCUAUGAGCUUCUCCACCCUUCUUCCAGACUCUAGGACUUUGUUUUCCGAAUGAAAUACAAAACUUGCUCUCAUCUGAAAAGAGGACUUUGGACCACUGGGCAACAGUCCAGUUCUUCUCCCUAGACCAGGUAAGACGCCUCUGAUGUUGUCUGUGGUUCAGCAAAUUCCUUGACACAUCUGUGUGUGGUGGCUCUUGAUGCCUUGACCCCAGCAUCAGUGCAUUCCUUGUAAAGUUCACUCAAAUUCUUGAACAGAUUUUGCUUGACAAUCCUGAUAAGGCUGCGGUUCUCUCUUUUGGCUGUGCAUCUUUUUCUUCCACACUUUUUCUUCCACUUUUUGUUAACAUGCUUGGAUACAGCACUCUGUGAACAGCUUCUUUGGCAUUGAAUGUUUGAGGCUUUCCUUCCUUGUGAAGGGUGUCAGUGAUUGUCUACUGGACAACUGUCAGAUCAGCAGUCUUCCCCAUGAUUGUGUAGCCUAGUGAACCAAACUGAGACACCAUUUUGAAGGCUUAGGAAACCUUUGCAGGUGUUUUGAAUUGAUUAGCUGAUUGACAUGUCAUCAUAUUCUAAUUUGUUGAGUGAAUUGGUGGGUUUUUGUUAAAUGUGAGCCAAAAUCAUCACUAUUAAAAGAACCAAAGUUUGUGUGCACUGAAUUUAUUUAAUACACGAGUUUCACAAUUCAAGUUGAAUUAGAGCUGAAAUAAAUGAAUUUUUCCAUGAAAUUCUAAUUUAUUGAGAUGCACCUAUGUAUAUAUAAAUAUAUUUUCAUCUUUUAAGGAUAUUAUUGACAUGGACAUCCUUUUGCUGCUCUCUGAUAAGAAAUACAAAGAUGUGUAUGCAACAGUGUGUGACUUAUUUAAUUAUUCAAGCCGAAAACGUCUCUUCCAGACUCAUCUUAAAGGGAUACUUCACCCAAAAAUCAUAAUUAUAUUAUUAAUAACUCACCUUCAUGUCGUUCCAAACCAGUAAGACCUCCAUUUAUCUUUGGAACACAGUUGUAGAUAUUUUAGAUUUAGUCCGAGAGCUCUCAGUCCCUCCAUUGAAGCUGUAUGUACGGUAUACUGUCCAUGUCCAGAAAGGUAAGAAAAACAUCAUCAAAGUAAUCCAUGUGUCACCUGGGUGUCAGUUAGAAUAUUUUGAAGCAUCGAAAAUACAUUUUGGUCAAAAAAAAGCAAAAAAUACGACUUGAUUCAGCAUUGUAUUCUCUUCCGUGUCUGUUGUGAGAGAGUUCAAAACACUGCAGUUUAGUGAUAUCCGGUUCACGAACGAAUCAUUUAAUGUAACCGGAUCUUUUUGACCCAGUUCACCAAAUCGAACUGAAUCGUUUUAAACGGUUCGCGUCUCCAAUACGCAUUAAUCCACAAAUGACUUAAGCUGUUAACUUUUUUAAUUUUUACUCAUUUUCUGCAAACAGAAAAUUACAUAGUUUGUGAAAUGUUUUAAUUAAUGCUACAGGGCAUAAUAGUACGGAUCCCCGCACAUCAAAUGCAAGAAAAAUAAUAAUAAUUGUGCGGACGAUUUACUAAUUUGUUCCCUCAAUUUACUAAAACGUGCACACGAUUACUAUUGCGUUGCCUCGAUUUACUAUUGCGUUCGCUCGAUUUGCUAAAUCGUACACACAAUUUAACCUUAUAUUUUUUCCUGCGUGUCAUGUUCGGGGCUCCGUAUAAUAGAUUCGCUUUCUAUGUUGUUUUAAAAAGGAGUUGAGCCUGUGUUGCAAGUUAGGUGUUUUAUUAAAAAAAAAAAAAGUGUAUGGCUUUGUAACUAACAAAUUGCUGCAAUGUAACUUAAACUCCUUUCAGAGCAACAAUAGUUAUGAUGUCAGGUAUUACAUUUCUGUUAUCAAGGAUAAAUACAACUGUUUAACUAGAAAUCAUUCUCUUUUAUGGCCCUGGGUCCAUUUCUUUCAAGCCCCUCUGUGUUUUAAAACUAAUUCAAUGUAUUUGGUGAAUAAUCAAUAAGCAGAUCAAAUAUAUAAGCAUGGGAUAAAAUACCUGUUUUGGUGCUUGUUCAACUAUUAGAUGCUGCACAGUUGAACUUCUUGUAACAUGUACAGGUAUGUUAGUGUGAUUUAUUACAGAGAGAACAAUGAGCCUACCUCUGCACAUUGGUCUUGAUAGGUUUAUGUUAUCAGUAGGUUUGCUGGUGUUAUUGAUAGUUAUUGACAUACCAAAGCAGGGGUUUAUGGAAAGAUUUUCCUCGACCAGUUGUGUGUGGCACACAUUUAAGAAUAAAUGUAAAUGUACUGUUUUUGUCAGUCUUUAGGAUAAAAACUGCUGUUAUAAGGGGAUAUUUUUGUUCAUUGUGAAAGUGUCAUAGUUUAUAAAUGAUGUGUAUUUUGUGUAUUCAUAUAAAGUCCUUGUUAUACAAAUAUAUACUAUGUUAAAUAUAUUUAUUACUACAAUAUCGUAAUGAUUGAUAAAUCAAGAAAUAUGCUGCAAAAUUACACAUUCUCAUUCUCAGUGUGUGUCUCUCAUGUGAAGUAAUAAUUGUAUUGAAUGUGUAUGGUGGAACACUAGCAUCGUAGCACUGCCUUUGCUUGUUAUGUCUUUUUAGACACAAUUUUUUUGUGUAUUUGUGAUAUAUGGAGCUGUAUCUUUCAGAAUUAACUGAAGUUUACUGCCAGUGAUUAUCAGCAGUGAUAGUUCAAUGUCUUUCGCUUGUUACCUAAUAAUAUUCUCAAAACAUUGGGGUUCAAAUUUUCCUAGAAAACUCCAGGAACUACUAAAAUGCUAAUUCGGAGUUAUUUGGUCUUUAAUGAUGUUCUCAAAACAUCAGCACAAAAACAUCCUUCAUGGAGUGUUUUUUCUGAACCAUUUUAGUUGGAUGUUCAUGUAACUACUUGUUUCGGAAUUUUCAGAUAAUAUUAAAAAGUAACUGGUUUCCAAAUUGAAAAAAAAAAAAACAGAAUGUUUGCUUAAUUGAAUGUUUUAAACAUGUAGAGAACUUUUAGAAUGUAAUCAUUUAACAUUUUUUAAGAUUUUGCCUGAACUAUUAGCAGUUCAAUGGACUUUCAUAAAGCUAGACUCUAAAAUGAACUUUGAGGAUACAGUGUAUCUUCAUUUUUAAUCCCUCAUUCUUCUUUAUGAAACAGCCCAUUGUUUUGAAGAAUGUACAUGUAUGCAAUACUAAAGAAAUGAAGCAGUUGAUAACGUAAUGCACAUUAAUGAUGUUUUUAAAAAUAGAGUAUCUGCUCAGCUUAUUCACAAAGUACAAUGAAAUUAAUAUAUAGAUUUUUGUUUUGUUAUCCUGGCACUCACUGUACGUAAUUAGAGAGUCAGACCUAUUCUUGUGGCUUCAUGCAGUAUUGUUUGUUUGAAGGUGGAGGUAACUGAAUGUAUUGUUAAUAACUGAUACACAGUGAUAUUUUAUUUAAUUGAUCAAAUGUCAUGAAAAGAGUGUGUGGUCAUUCAGACAGUAACAGUACGAGUCCGCAUUGAGCAGUUAGUAUGUGUGUAUUGGCUUUGCUUGCUAGAGUGUAUCUGUGUGUAAAUUUGAUUUGUUACUACUCAAUAAAUGUACAAGUGUUCAA